CGACAUGUCUAUGCCUGGCUGUGCCUCUGCCGUCUCUCCCUCUCUUUCUUCGCGGUGUAUUGCACCCCCAUAGCUCUGAACGAUGCGAGAGUUUGUUCUCGAAGUAGGCGACGACAAAUAGUUUCCUCCGAUGCAAAAAUACUGAACCUUAGGAGUCGAUUCAUAGUGGAAUCGAAGUUUGACAACCAGAAAUGAGAGUCGACGGGCAAGGAAUCGAUUAUUUUGGAAUCGACUCCCCACCACUACUCUACUGACGCAACCAAAUGCUUGAGAAACAGGACUAGGCGCGACAGGUAGCUAGCUAGUCAAGAGAAACUUAAUGUAAACAACUGAACAUGGUGACCGAGAGGUGAACGACACAGCAACAUGGUCUUCGAAAGCGUGGUGGUAGAUGUCCUAAACAGGUUUCUGGGGGACUACGUUGUGAACCUUGACACCUCACAACUCAAGCUCGGGAUUUGGGGAGGUGAUGCUGUGCUCAGAAAUCUUGAAAUAAAGGAAAAUGCCUUGAGUCAACUUGACAUUCCUUUUAAAGUAAGAGCCGGACAUAUAGGACGCUUGGAGCUGAAGAUUCCAUGGAAGAAUCUGUACACCCAGUCAGUGGAAGCUACACUGGAUGGAGUUUACCUGCUCAUCGUGCCCACAGCCAGUAUAAAGUAUGAUGCAGAGAAGGAGGAGAAACAGCUUCAGGAGGCUCGUCAGAGGGAGCUGCAGAGGAUCGAAGAGACCAAACAGAAAGCAGCGGAACAAGAAAACCCCGCACUUGAGAAACAAGACACCUUUGUGGAGAAACUGGUGACACAGGUGAUCAAGAACCUUCAGGUGAAGAUCUCCAACAUCCAUAUCCGCUAUGAGGAUGACGUCACCAAUCCCAAACGCCCAUUAUCAUUUGGAAUGUCUCUACAGAACCUCAGCCUUCAGACAGCAGAUGAGAACUGGAAACCUUGUCUUCUGAAUGAGAAAGCCAAGCUGUUUUUCAAGCUUGUCCAGUUGGACAAUCUCUUUGCCUACUGGAACGUGAACUCAAUGCUGUACUCCAAUCACAUGCCAGACGAGGCCCUGCGAUGCCUCCAGAACAGCAUGGAUAUCUACAGUUCCACCCCCAUGAAACACGAUUUCAUUUUUCGUCCGAUAACAGCCAAUGCGAAGCUGAGCAUGAACCCCCGGUCAGACGUAAACUUCUCUUCACCCAAGAUAGACUUGGUAGUCAAUCUGAGAGAGGUGGCCGUGGAUCUGAACAGGCCACAGUAUAUCAGCAUUCUGGAGCUCCUGGGCUCGGUGGAUAUGAUGUCACGCAACCUGCCGUACAGGAAAUACCGGCCGCAAUUCCACGUGCACACCAACGCCUACAUAUGGUGGCAGUAUGUGAUUACGGGCAUCAUGGAGGUGGACGUGAAGCCACGGCUGCACAUGUGGUCGUGGCAGCGCAUCCACCGCCACCGGCAGACAGUCAAGUGUUACAGAGCGCUCUACAAGUCCAAGAUCACCAACAAGAAGCCCACUGAGAAGCUGCUCAGGGAAUUGGAGGAGACUGAGCGGACUCUGGAUAUUUUUAACAUCACGCUGGCCAGGCAGCAAGCUGAGAUGGAGGCGAGCAAGGCGGGUCUGCGUAUCUUUCGUCCGGGGGUGAAGGUGGAGGAGGAAUCUCAGGGCUGGUUGGGCUGGAUGUGGUCUGGCUGGUCAGGAGAUGACGGCGCCAAGUCCAAGGAGGUCAAAACUGGAGCUUUUGGUGAGCUUAUGACUCCUGCCGAGAAGGCCAAACUCUACAUCGCCAUUGGCUACAGUGAGGUAGCUGUCAAUCACAACCUGCCAAAGAACUUUGAGGACAUUAAGAUACAUUUUCACAUGAAGAGGAUGUCUUUCUCAAUGAAAGACAACAAGGAUCAGAAUGAAAUCCUCAAGGUCACAGUUGAAGACCUGAAAUCCAUGCUGACCCAGAGGCCCGGAGCACAAGCCAUUAAGCUGUCGGCCCAGCUUAGUCUGUUUGAGGUGAAAGGACUGGCCAAUAAUCGUCCGGCGCCCACGCUGCUGUCGUCGAGGAAGGCUGCCACGGUAACAGGGACCCCCCUGCUUGACAUCCUGUUUGAGACCAACCCUCUGGAUGAGAGUGCUGACCAGCGGCUCCACGUCGAGUCCCAGCCUCUGGAGAUCAUCUAUGACGCUGUGACGGUGAACAGCAUGUCUGCGUUCUUCUUGCCGCCUGAUGACCUCCAGCUAGACGAGCUGACCAACGCCACUCUCAUGAAGCUGGAGCAGUUCCGAGACCGCACCUCCACAGGGCUGAUGUACGUGAUUGAGACCCAGAAGGUUCUGGAUCUGAACGUCAACCUCAUGGCCUCCUACGUGAUCGUGCCCCAAACCGGCUUCUACGACUCCACCCAGAACCUCAUGCUAUUGGACCUGGGUCACUUCAAGGUGUCUAGUCUGAGCAGAAAGGGGCUACCCCAGCUCUCUGUAGGGAGCAGGACUAUACAGGACAUCAUGUCCCAAGCCUACGACAGCUUCAACAUCAAGCUCAGCAGCCUACAGUUCCUCUACAGCAAACCAGACGGGGACUGGAGGAAAGCCCGUAAACUGAAGCAAUCGGCCCUCCACAUCCUGGAGCCUGUUGAUGUCAAGGUGGUGUUCAGCAGAGCCAUGGUGGUCACAGACUCACGCAUGCCCAAGUUUAAGCUCUUCGGGGAGAUGCCUCUCUUGUCUCUGACGAUCUCUGAUGAUAAGGUGCGGGCCGUGCUGGAGCUGAUUAACAGCAUCCCGCUGCCAGAGAGCAGGCCGGCCCCGCGCCGCACCAACACACACUCUACACCUAAGGCUCCAAAGCAGUCGUACACCCCUCAGCUAACCCCCAGGCAACCAACCAUGGCUGAACUGCGCAACUCCCUCAUAUGGGAAUCAGGCUCAGAGGAGGACCUGUUCUACGAUGCUCCCAGCUCUCCUAUAGGCGACAGUGCGUUCUUCCCCGACAACAUGCCCAGCCCCCUGCAGCGCUCCGACUCGGUCAAGAGGAGAGGUCUGGUCAAGAAAGAUCCCAAGAAGAACAUGACAGAGUUCCUCAUGACGUUUGAGAUCAACAAGCUGUCUGUUCAGCUGUGUCGUCUGUCUAGAGGCCAGGAGGUCACAGUGUUACACCUGGAUGUCGAGCGUCUCGGCACCGAGCUCAAGAUUCGCUCCUUCGACAUGACAUCUAACACCUUUCUACGUGAGAUCUGCCUAGAGUGCUCAGAGUAUAUGGAUUCAGAGGAGAAGAAAGUGCACCUGAUCACCACUCUAGACAACACAGAGGAGGACCUCCUCACAUUGGAGUACACCAAGGCUGAUAAGAACGGGCCAGAAUUCAAGUCUCAGUACAAGAACACUGAACAAUCAGUAAAGGUGAACUUCUCAUCUCUGGAUGUACACCUGCACACAGAGGCUUUGCUCAACGCCAUGAACUUCCUGAACAGCCUCCUCCCCCCGACCAAGGAGGCGGUGCCUAGCAAGGAGGAGCUGCCCACAAUCCCAGAGGAGGACGAGGGAGAGGGGGAGGAGGGAGAGGGGGAGGAGGGCGAGAAGGAGGAAUCGGCCGUGGCAAAAAGAACAUCUUCUAAGAAGUCAAAGUUUGAGGAUGUGGUGAAUUUGCACAUCAGAGCUGAUCUCAACUGUCUGAAGGUUUUCAUCCGAGGCCAGAGCCACAUGAUAGCAGAGAUCCGCAUUGAGGGCCUGGUGUCGGAGGUGCUGAUGAGGAGAAAGGCAGUGGAGGUUCUGGCCAACCUGAAGAACAUAGUCAUCCUGGACUGUGAUAAGGAGGCACUGUACAAGCAGUGUGUGUCCAUAGCUGAUAAGGAGGUGUUUGCUUUCCGUAUGGUGAACCACACGGACGCCACUGAGGGCGAUGCCUAUCUAGACAUGGGUAAAGUGGACACCAGCAUCACCCUGACGGUGGGCUGCAUCCAGGUCAUCUUCCUCAACAAGUUUGUCUCCUCUAUCCUGGCCUUCAUCAACAAUUUCCAGGCGGCCAAGGAGGCCCUGGCUGAGGUGACGGUGCAUGCAGCGGAAAAGGCAGCCACGGGGGUGAUGGAGCUGGCUGAGCGCAGCACGCGCAUCUCUCUGGAUGUAGACUUCAAAGCUCCUCUUGUCUUCCUGCCGCAGUCGUCCUCCUCCACCAACGUCACUGUGGCUGACCUCGGUAUGGUCACGGUCAAGAACUGCUUCGCCUUGGUCGACUCCCAGACGCAUGUCAAGAUCCCUCCCAUCAUCGACACCAUGACCGUGGGCCUCAGUGACCUGAAGAUGUACAGAACCACCUUUGAGAAGGGGAGAUUUCAGGGGGAGAUCCAGGUUCUGAAGCCGGUCAACCUGGACCUGUCCAUCCAGAGGAACCUGUCAGCCUCCUGGUACCACAACAUCCCUGACAUAAAGAUCACUGCCCACCUCAAACCUAUGAAUCUGAUCCUGAGUCAGGAUGACAUGACGGUGGUGUUGAGGACUCUGGGUGAGAACAUGUCAGAGACGUCAGACGCUGCUUCCCCUCGUCCUCCUCCGUCUACAGUGGACCGCUCCGACACUGCCACUACCAAAGGCUCGCAGGGCACAGGAGGUACUGGUACUAUCCCCACCAGCGGCAACAUAGUGGUAACUGCUGCAGUGGUCGAGACCCAGAAGAGCACUAAGCUGAAGAACACACUCAAAGUAGACUUCAAGUUUGACUCCAUGACUCUGGUUCUGUACAGCCCCAAUGGGACUGAGGUGCAGGUGUUGGACUCCAGGGAUGAUCAGCUGAUGCUGGCUGAGUUCACCUUGGGAACUAUCUCUACAUCUGUCCACAUGUUCUCAGACGGAUCCAUGAAGGCCUCUGUCAAACUCACAGACUGCCUGCUAGACGACAAGAGACGCAGAGUCAAGAAUAUCACUGCCAGGAUGAUGGCGAUUCGUCCGAGCUCUGAAAGAAACGUGAUGGUGGAAGUGAACUACAAUCAGGGGCGUGAAGGCACCUCUCUGGAGACGGUGGUGCAGGAUGUCUACCUCUGUGCCAGCAUGGAGUUCCUGCUCACCGUGGCCGACAUCUUCCUCAAGGCCAGCCAACAGGGUUUCUCCUCAGCCGCCCCCAAGAACAGUAGCACUAAACCCACAGUUACAGCCACCGCCGCUUCCAAGGAACCUGCUCCAGUGGCAGUCAAGUUGGAGAUGAAUGUUCUGGUGAAGAACCCAGAGAUUGUCUUUGUGGCUGACCUGACGCGUGCCGACGCCCCAGCCCUGGUCAUGACCAUGGAGUGCGAGCUGGUGAUGAAGAGCAACCCGGAUGGUCAGCUGAUGACGGCAGUGGUCAAGGACCUGAAGGUGGUGGCCUGCCCCUUCCUGAGGGAGAAGAGGAGGAACAAGGAGACCACUGUGCUGCAGCCCUGCCAGGUGUUCUUCAAGAGCACACAGUCCUCCACCUCCCCGCAGGCCAUGGAGGUCUCCAUCAAGGCACUGACACUGAAGGUGUCGCCCAUCAUCAUCAACACAGUGAUCACCAUCCAGUCGGUGCUGAGCCCGGCCGGUGCAGACAUGCCCCAGUCGGAGUUGGAGAGCCAUGUGCCCCCAGACCUGUGGGAGCGCCGGUCCUGGCGGGAUCUCAAGCUGUGGUUCCUGGAGGAGGAGGGUAAAGACGAGGAUGCCCAGUCCCUGGUCCGGCUGAUUCCCCAGGGUGAGUCCCUGCAGGUGGCCAUUUCCUCCAUCUGCCUGACCCUGGAGGCUGGGGUGGGCCACCGGACCGUCCCCAUGCUGCUGGCCAAGUCCUCCUUCCAUGGGGACGUCAAGAACUGGAGCACCCUCAUCAACCUGCACAGCCAGCUCAACCUGGAGGUUCACUACUUCAACGAGGUGAUGGGGGUGUGGGAGCCUCUGCUGGAGCCCCUAGAGGACGAGAUCAGAGACGGCUUCAGAUCCUGGACUCUGGGAUUAAAGAUGAAGAAGAAGCCAGUAAAGUACUCCGGUAUAUCAGAUGAAGUGGACUACAGCAUCCCAGACUACAAGACUAUCAUCAGCAUCAGCAGCAAGGACCAGCUCAACAUCACCCUCUCCAAGUGUGGACUGGGCAUGCUCAGUAACCUGGGCACGGCCUUUGCGGAGGCGGCCAAGCAGACAUCAGAGAGUUUCCAGGAGGACGAGGCGCCGUUCGUGGUGAAGAACCGUCUGGGUCUGACUGUGUCAGUGGUGUACAGUGAGAUGUUCUGCCCCCUGGGCCGUGAGGCCACAGAGAACCGUGUAGAGCUGCAGAACGGAGACAGUGUCAACAUGGACUACCGUCGCACCACCACCCACUCAGACCAGUUCUCUGCCAUGACCUCGCUGGUGGCCAAGGACUACUACAUACAGCCCACCCCGGCGGGCCACACUUCAGCCAGCGUGAUUCCGUUGAUCAAAGUGGGGCGUGGCAUGUACAGUGUCAUGCACAAAGUCUCUGGGGUCACCCGCUUCCUGGUCUGUCAGAUCUACUCUGUGCAGGGAAGCAAGCACAUCAAGAUCCGCUCUCCCUUCCAGAUCAUAAACCACUUUUCCAUCCCGUUCAGAGUGAUGGAGGGCUCCACGUGUCUGGGGAUGUCAUUACCUACAGAGGAGUUCUGCGUGCCUCUCGACUCCUACAGGUCAAAGUUGAGCCUGCAGCCGGUUACCGAAGGAGACAAUCAAUACGAUUCUUCCGAGGGCUUCAGCUACGAGUCAGUGAGCCAGCAGCCUGGCGUACGUGUACAGCAGACCUGUCAUCGACAUGGCAACAGCGCCAGCGUGUUAAUGGUCAACAUCGUACCUCUGAAAGACACAGUGACAUCACAACACAUGGGAGUGGCCGGGGAGCACUUUGAUGAGCCCUACAUCCUGCACCUGUGGCCCUCCGUCCUACUCCGGAACCUUCUGCCUUACCCCAUCACCUAUCACCUACAGGACAGUGAAGAGCCCGCCCUCAUCACACUGAUGGACGGCCACUCAGCAGAGCUUCACACCGCCGUCAUGGACCUGUCAAGCCUGGAACUCCGCCUCCUCAACUACCUGGGGCAGGAUUGGAAGGCCCACUAUGGUCUCCGUGGCGACCAGGACGAGAUCACCUUCAUUGUGUUCCACUCCCUGCGUGAUGAAGAGGAGGUUAGGUUAGGGGAGGGUGGAGAAAGGAAGCGGGCAGAGCUGGACAUUGCGGUGCAUGUGAAGUACGAUGCGGGCCUGACUGAGGUGGCCAUCCAUUCUCCCUACUGGAUGGUGAACAAGACGGGUCGCCUGCUGCAAUACAAGGCCGACGACAUCCACCGCAAACACGCCAUGGACUAUGACAUGCCCCUGCUCUUCUCCUUCAAGCCACGCAACUUUCUGCACAACAACAAGGUGCGGCUGAUGAUCUCGGACAGCGAGCUGUCUGAUGAUUUCUCCCUGGAUACCGUGGGUAGCUAUGGUGAAGUGAAGUGCAAGGGGAGGCUCAAAGAUUACCUGAUCGGGGUGAAGAUCGACCCCAGCAGUUUCAGCCUGACCCGUAUCGUGAGCUUUGUGCCGUACUACCUGUUGGUGAACAGGACCAAGCAUGUGAUCUGGGUGGGAGAGGAGGGCCAGGACCACUGGACCAAGGCCAGACCACACCAGGCAGCCAUCCCAUUCUGGCCCGAGAAGGACUCCAAGAAGCUCAAAAUCAAGGUAGAAGGCUGUCAGUCAACCCCUCAAACCAUGGACUUCACCAAACCAGAAAACUGCCUGUUGCUGCACCUCGACAACACUCUGGGCGGAGUCAUUGUGGACGUGAACCUAUCAGACCACUCGAUCAUUAUCCGUUUUUCGGACUACCACGAUGGAGCCGCCCCCUUCCUCAUCAUCAACCACACCCAGGAGCAGACGCUGGAGUUCUACCAGAGAUUGCGGAGAGACUCGUCAAAAUGCGUGGCAGACGAGCUGCUCGAACUCUCCUUCUCACUAGAGGAGACCCAGCGCAGCAGUCAGAAGGAGAAGGACAAGCUGAGCCCGGGGAAGGCUGUGUACUAUACCUGGGCUGAGCCCACCGGGUCACGCUCCCUGGCCUGGCAGUGUGGCAGCUACAGUGGCGAGCUGAAGAGUGAAGAGGACCUGCGGUUGGACGUGAAUGAGGAGGGUAAGCUGUACCUCAUCUCAUUCUACGAGGGCCUCCAGCGGGUGGCGCUGUUCACCGAGGACAGGCGGAUCUACAAGCUGCUGUGUGAGAGUGAGAAGGCCGAGCUGGCUGAACAGGAGAUCAUCCUCUCCCUGCAAGACGUUGGUGUCUCCCUGGUCAACAACAGCAGCCACCAGGAGGUGUCCUUCAUUGGCAUUACCAGUUCAGAUGUGGUGUGGGAGUUCAAGCCAAAGAAGAAGUCUCGCUGGAAACCCCUGAGUUUUAAAUAUGUAGCGCUGCUGGAGACCCACUUCAGAGAGUACACCGAGAGUGGAUCAGUGGACAACGCCAUCUUAGACCUGGAGAGCAACUUCCAGGUGUCUCUGACGCCAAAUAGGCAAGACAUGAGGAUGAUGAAGCCAUAUGAUGCUCCAAUCAGGAGGAACUUCCUUCCGGGGGUGAAGGUGGAGUACAGCGUAUCGGCCCGCCAGAGUGCUUACCGUGUCCAGAUCAACCGCAUACAGAUCCAGAAUCAGCUGCCUGGAGCAAUCUUUCCCUAUGUCUUCUACCCAAUAAAACUACCAAAGUCUGUCACCAUGGACUCAGAGCCCAAACCUCUGACCGACAUCAGCAUUGUUACCAGGGCAGCCGGACACUCAGAUAUCUCCCGCAUCAAGUAUUUCAUGGUGCUGAUCCAGGAGAUGGACUUGAAGUUGGACCUGGGUUUCCUCUACGCCAUCUUGGAUCUGUUCACCCCGGAGAACGCCAGCGUGAUGACAUCAGAGCAGACGGUGGAGUUGUUUGAGAAGGACAUUGAGUAUCUGAAGACUGAGCUGAACAACAUCUCAGCCGCUGACACGUCCCCUAUCAGUCUCUAUGAGUACUUCCACAUCUCUCCCAUCAAGUUGCACCUGAGUUUGUCUUUGAGUUCUGGAGGAGAGGAUGGUAAUAAGGAGAAGAGGGAGACCGAGGUCAUUCCUGUCCAAUCCCUCAAUCUGCUGCUGAAGAGCAUCGGAGCAACCCUCACUGAUGUGCAGGACGUCGUCUUCAAAUUGGCCUAUUUUGAGCUGACAUUCCAGUUUCGCACUCGUCAGCAACUACAAUGGGAGGUCAUCAGACACUACUCGAAACAGGCGAUAAAGCAGAUGUAUGUGCUGGUAUUGGGCUUGGACGUGUUGGGAAACCCCUUUGGACUGAUCCGAGGUCUGUCUGCGGGAGUGGAGGCUUUCUUCUAUGAGCCCUAUCAGGGAGCUAUCCAGGGACCAGAGGAGUUUGUGGAGGGUAUGGCGCUGGGGGUGAAGGCACUGGUUGGAGGAGCAGUGGGGGGCAUUGCGGGUGCUGCCUCCAGGAUAACAGGCGCCAUGGCGAAGGGUGUGGCUGCCAUGACGAUGGAUGAGGAAUACCAGCAGAAGAGACGAGAGGCUAUGAACAAGCAGCCCAGCGGCCUGAGAGAGGGCCUGACUCGUGGAGGCAAAGGACUGGUCUCUGGCUUCGUCAGUGGGAUCACAGGGAUCGUCACCAUGCCCAUUAGAGGUGCUCAGAAGGAGGGUGCGGCAGGCUUCUUUAAGGGUGUCGGGAAGGGGCUGGUGGGGGCUGUGGCCAGACCCACAGGAGGUAUCAUCGACAUGGCCAGCAGCACUUUCCAGGGCAUCAAGAGGGCGGCUGAGACGUCCCAGGAUGUGGAGAGUCUGCGUCCGCCUCGCUUCAUUCACGAGGACGGGGUCAUCCGACCAUAUAAGGAGAGAGAAGGCGUUGGCAGCCAGAUGCUACAGAAAAUUGAGAAUGGACAGUUCGCCAAGUACAGAUACUUUGCUCACGCCAAAGUAAACGAGUCAGAUUUCUUGAUGAUCACCAAAAGUGGAAUCUUUUUCGUGACCAAAGGCACAUUUGGGCAGCUUACCUGUGAGUGGCAGUAUCUAUUUGACGAGUUCACCAAGAACCCCAUGAUCGUGGAGGGGAGGAGGCUUCGGAUAGAGGCAAAGGAGAGAGUAAAGUCUGUGUUUCAUGCCAAAGAGUUUGGGAAGAUUAUAAACUUCAAAAGUCCAGAAAUAGCCGAGUGGGUUCUUACCAAGCUGGAGGACGCCAGGGAGAGUCUACACAAAUACUGACUGGUCACUCCAAUAGAGCCACCAACCAGCACUGAGACAAGGCAAAAGUACAACGUUGACUGAUAGUGUGUGUGUGUGUGUGUGUGUGUGUGCGCAAGGGUAGGGUGUGCCUCCGUCAGUAUACUACCUACUUACUCUCAGGUUAGACUUGCUCUUUCAUACACACAGACACACACACACACACACACACACACACACACACACACACACACACACACACACACACACACACAAACACGGACUGUCUGGACAUCUUGCAGACACACAGGCUGCACUAGCUAACACUAUCACUGCUCCGGUUGUACACAGCCAUGUGGCAGAAAUUUCUCCUUGCACUUCCUUAAGCCAGCUUGGUCUGCCAGCGGUUGUAGAAGAGGCUGCGGUGGGAGUAUUCGAAGGAAGUAAACUACUCGCGGAUGUUCUCUGUGUCGUUGGCACAGGUGAAGUGGGAGUAAACAGUCUCUCUGUCUAGGUUCUGCUCCUGGUACAUAUUCAGGAUGAACUCCCUGGUUGCUUUAGGGUCAUUAUUUGUGUGUUUCUCUAUCAGAAGGCAAGUCAUGUCAGGUUGCAGUCUGUGUGUCUGUAAAACAAUGUGUUUGUAUGUGUGUCAAUGUCACUGCUAAGAUUGUACACAAUUAUGUGCCAGAAAUGUCUCCCUUUCCUAAAUAUACAUGUUUGUUUUUUAUAUUUUCUUUGAAUAAGUAGGGUGCCUGAGGGACUUUCCUAACGGAGCUCUGUCAUCAGAUUACAAUUAGUUUGACAGUUACUGAAUGACGUGCUUGUAAAGAUAUUGUGGCCAAAUUUAGUAUCAUUGUGGGACUCAGAGCACUGUUUUUAACUGCCUUGAUGUGUAUAUGUUAAACAAUUAUUUUACUGUUGAUAUAGGAAAGGGGAAAGCAUUUUAAACUCUGAACUUUUUGUAAAAUCAGCUUGUUAGCGGAGUCCAGUCCAAGAUGCCAAUGAUUCUGUUCCAAGACUCACCCUAUUCCAUUCUAUUCUAUUCUAUUCUUCCUCUUCCUAAAUCACUAACUGUUGUUUUUCUACACAAUUCUGCAUGCAUUUUUUAUAUGUCAAUCUGCUCUACAUUAAUUUCAGUGGAGUGUGUGGGUGUGUAUACUGAGUGUACAAAACAUUAAGAACACCUGCUCUUUCCAUGACAUAGACUGACCAGGUUAAAUUUAUGAUCCCUUAUUGAUGUAACUUGUUAAAUCCACUUCAAUCAGUAUAGAUGAAGGGGAGGAGACAGGUUAAAGAAUGAUUUUUAAGCCUUGAGACAUGGAUUGUGUAUGUGUGCCAUUCAGAGGGUGAAUUGGCAAGAUAAAAGAUUUAAGUGCCUUUGAACGGGGUAUGGUAGUAGGUGCCAGGUGCACCGGUUUACGACAAGAACUGCAACGCUGUUGAGUUUUUUACACUCAACAGUUUCCUGUGUGUAUCAAGAGUGGUCCACCACCCAAAGGACAUCCAGCCAACUUGAAACAACUUUGGGAAGCAUCCCUGCGGAACGCUUUUAACACCUUGUAGAGUCUAUGCACCAACGAAUUGAGGCAAUUGAGGGGAGGGGGGAGGGGGCAUAAUGGAGUGGCAGCAGUGUUGGAUUGUCUGGAAACCUACAUGUUAGUCAUUUAGCAGGCACUCUUAUCCAGAGCGACUUACAGUUAUUGCAUUCAAGAUAGCUAGCUGGGACAACCACAUCGCAGGCAUAGAAAGUACAUUUGUCCUCAAUAAUGUAGCUAUCAGUAGAGUCACAGCUAGGAGGGGUCAAGUGCUGGUUACUUUUUCUGCGCAUGUUGGAAUUUUUUACGUAGCUGCUGUCCACUCCGCAUGUUCCAACUACUGCAUUCCAUCCCUCAGUAGGCUAUUAAGCAUAAGCAUGGUUUCAUGGUAUUUUAUCAGGAGGGGGGUUAGGCUACAUGUAGCUAUUUACAUGUUGUAGCCUACACAAAAGACAUGAUCAACAUGCUCAUACAAACUUGUUUUCUAGUUUUUUUUAACUUUUCACCCCCUUCGUCCCAUCGCUGCAACUCCCCUACGGACUCGGAAGAGGCGAAGGUCGAGAGCCAUGUGUCCGCCGAAACACGACCCUGCCAAGCCGCACUGCUUCUUGACACACUGCUCGCUUAACUAGGAAGCCAGCCGCACCAAUGUGUCGGAGUAAACACCGCCAAGUGGCAACUGUGUCAUCGUGCAUGCACCCGGCCCGCCGCAGGAGUUGCUAGAGUGCGAUGGGACAAGGACAUGCCGGCCAGACCCUCCCCUAACCCGGACAAUUGUGCGCCGCCUCAUGGUUCUCCCGGUAGGCUGUGACACAGCCCGGGAUCAAACCCGAAUCUGUAGUGACACCUCUAGCACUGAUCUGCGUCAGAAAUAGGAAUGACUUCUAUUUUAGCCCUUGGCAAUGCAGACACUCGUUGGUGCACGCGAGCAGUGUGGGUACAAUAAUUGAAUAACAUGGAUUUCUAAAUAUAUUUUGCGAUGCUCGCGCACACGACGUGUCCCCAAUUGACAAAUGAAGUGGGGAGUUUACAUGCAGCUAUCAAGGCAAAUAAAAUAAAAUGUUAUUGGUCACAUACACAUAUACACAUAUUGUGGGUGUAGCGAAAGGCUUGUGUUCCUAGCUCCAACGCAAAAAUGCUUAGGAGCUAGAAGCAGAGCUGCCAUGUGUAUCAGCGCCAUAUCAAACACAAGCAAGACACUCAGUCUUAUUGGCGAUUUAAUGUUAUUUUUUUAAUCAGAAUUGCAAACAUUGGCUAAGCAGGAGUCAGACAGGCAGUCAAAGUAGUAGUUAUUUGUCAGCAACUGGGUUUGCUGUGCAGGGUUUUCCAUACUCGGUGCACGUUUUGGUUUUUGCCCUAAUGUAACGGAUGUGAAAUGUGGAGAGAUGGGUAACGAUGCUUCGUGGGUGUCAGUUGUUGAUGUGUGCAGAGGGUCCCUGGUUCGCGCCCGGGUCGGGUCGGGGCGAGUUGACGGUCGUAAAGUUAAACUGUUACACUAACACUACACAGCUGAUUCAAAUAAUCAACUAAUCAUCAAGCUUUGAUCAUUUGAAUCAGCUCUGUAGUCCUGAGGACUGAGUUUGGAAGGUGCUGGCGCUAGUGGCUACGAUAUGGCAGCAACCACACCACCAAAACGCAGAUCGUUUUUUGCUCCAAUGUGUAGGGACUGCGUCCUGCUUGUGUGACUGCAUUAUCCAUUACAACAGAUGGAGAAGGUUGUAGCCUUCAUAAUGGCUUUGAAUGUUUGUUCAAAUCGCUGAAGGGUUUUCAUUGCAGCUGUUCAGGAAUAUCCGGCUACAUCAUGGUUCAGAAGACGGUGUGUAAAGUGAGGGAGGUGGAGUGUGAGCAGCAGCUACGUAGAAAAAAUGUGUGCGUAAAAUAACACAUGCACAGAAUGUGAUCUGUAGCUUUUGAGAAAUAGGUUUCCAGAGGGGUGGGGGCAGAAACUCUGGAUUCGCAGCCAGGUCCUUUAAAAUCUAUGGGUGGGCUUGUGUCUCCUCAUUGGCAAUUUUCAUGUUUUUAUGCAGCAGGUAUGCAAUGCCAUUAACGACGGAGCGAUUUUAAAAUAUAUAUACAGUACCAGUCAAAAGUUUGGACACACAAAACUUUUUUACUAUUUUCUACAUUGUAUAAUAAUAGUGAAGACAUCAAAACUUUGAAAUAAUACAUAUGGAAUCAUGUAGUAAACACUAAAUUGUUAAACAAAUCAAAAUAUAUUUUAUAUUUCAUAUUCUUCAAAGUAGACAAUCUUUGCACACACUUGGCAUUCUCUCAACCAGCUUCAUGAGGUAAUCACCUGAAAUGCAUUUAAAUUAACAGAUGUGUCUUUUUAAUUUGUGGAAUUAAUGCGUUUGAGCCAAUCAGUUGUGUUGUGACAAGGUAGGGGUGGUAUACAGAAGAUAACCCUAUUUGGUAAAAGAUCAAGUCUUUAUGGCAAGAACAGCUCAAAUAAGCAGAGAGGAACCACAGUCCAUCAUUACUUUAAGACAUGAAUGCCAGUCAUUGCGGAACAUUUCAAGAACUUUGAACAGUUCUUCAAGUGCAGUCGCAAAAAAAAAGCACUAUGAUUAAACUGGCUCUCAUGAGGACCGCCACAGGAAAGGAAGACCCAGAGUUACCUCUGCUGCAGAGGAUACGUUUAUUAGAGUUACCAGCCUCCAGAAAUUGCAUCCCAAAUAAAUGCUUCAGAGUUCAAGUAGCAGACACAUCUCAACAUCAACUGUUCAGAGAAGACUGUGUGAAUCAGGCCUUCAUGGUCAAAUUGCUGCAAAGAAACCACUACUAAAGGACACCAAUAAGAAGAAACUUGCUUGGGCCAAGAAACACGAGCAAUGGACGUUAGACCGGUGGAAAAUGUGACAUUUUUGGUUACAACCGCCAUGCCUUAGUGAGACGCAGACAAGGUGAACGGAUGAUCUCCGCAUGUGUUUCCCAAUGUGAAGCAUGGAGGAGGUGUGAUGGUGUGGGGGUACUGUGCUGGUGACACUGUGAUUUAUUUAGAAUAAAAUAUAUUUGGGUUUAACACUUUUUUGGUUACUACAUGAUACAUAUGUGUUAUUUCAUAGUUUUGAUGGCUUCACUAUUAUUCUAUUUUUUUUAUUUUAUUUAAUCGCCUUUAUUUAACCAGGUAAGCUAGUUGAGAACAAGUUCUCAUUUAGAACUGCGACCUGACCAAGAUAAAGCAUAGCAAUUCGACACAUACAACACAGUUACACAUGGAAUAAACAAACAUAGUCAAUAAUACAGUAGAAACAAUUAAAAUCUAUAUACAGUGAGUGCAAAUGAGGUAAGAUAAGUGGGGUAAGGCAAUAAAUAGCCCAUGGUGGCAAAGUAAUUACAAUAUCGCAAUUAGAUACUGGAAUGGUAGAUGUGCAGAAGAUGAAUGUGCAAGUACAGAUACUGGGGUGCAAAGGAGCAAGAUAAAUACAUACAGUAUGGGGAUGAAGUAGUUGGAUGGGCUGUUUACAGAUGGGCUAUGUACAGGUGCAGUGAUCUGUGAGCUGCUCUGACAGCUGGUGCUUAAAGCUAGUGAGGGAGAUAUGGGUCUCCAGCUUCAGUAAUUUUUGCAGUUCGUUCCAGUCAUUGGCAGCAGAGAACUAGAAGGAAAGGCGACCAAAGUAGGAAUUGGCUUUGGGGGUGACCAGUGAGAUAUACCUGCCAGAGCGCGUGCUAAGGUUGGUGUUGCUAUGGUGACCAGUGAGCUGAGAUAAGGCGGGGCUUUACCUAGCAGAGACUUGUAGAUGACUUGGAGCCAGUGGGUUUGGCGACGAGUAUGAAGCGAUGGCCAGCCAACGAGAGCGUACAGGUCGCAAUGGUGGGUAAUAUAUGGGGCUUUGGUGACAAAACGGAUGGCACUGUGAUAGACUGCAUCCAAUUUGUUGAGUAGAGUGUUGGAGGCUAUUUUAUAGAUGACAUCGCCGAAGUCGAGGAUCGGUAGGAUGGUCAGUUUUACGAGGGUAUGUUUGGCAGCAUGAGUGAAGGAUGCUAUGUAGAAAAUUGUAAAAAAAAUAAACCCUUGAAUGAGUAGGUGUGUUCAAACUUUUGACUGGUACUAUAUAUAUAUAUAUAUAUAUACACACACAUAUAUUUAUAUACACACAGUAUAUAUUUUAAGAAACGCUAAAUUGUUUGCUGCUACCUUUAUACUUAAAAGAAAGGGUUGCUUUUGAUGUGGGGGUCACUGUAAUCCAUGUAAUUCAAGAAUGUAUCUGUUUUGUCAGCAAGUGGUCUCAUUAUGAGUCGGUAUAUAUUCUCUGGUGCAGAUUAAAUUAUUCUGCCAUUAUCAGAAAAAGGAAGGGUCUGUGUUUGGUAUUGGCUCUUUUUGUCAUGAUAGGAUCUUCAAAGACAUACAUUAGAAAGCACAUAAAGUUCCUGUAUAAAAAGUCUACACCCCCUUGAACUUUUUUCACAUUUUGUUGCAUUAAAAAGUGGUAUUAAAAUUGA